UCAACGUUGAGCAACUGUAUCAAACGCAGUGUGUACUAAUACAUCACUUUUUUAAUUUGGUCAAAAUAUGCGUCAUUUCUAAGGAUGCGCUCUGAAGCAACGAACAAUUGAAAUUCUAUCUAUUCUGCAUAAUCUCAGUGACUCAGCGAGGAAGGUAUAAAGAGGAGGAUACAAGGUACUUUUAGAAGAAGCUUCUUAGUCGACCAACAAUCAGCUGCCACACUGACCUUUGUUACUAUUAACAUUAUUCUGAGGACUACUAUGCGACAUGACACUUCCUAAUGUCAUUAAAUGCCUUAUUAUUUGAAAGGCACAAUACGAUAAUGUUGUGUUUAGAGAGUCUCUUUAAAUUUAAAUGUACUGUACACCUGAUCAAAUAAUACAUUUGGCCGAAAGCCGCGAACACGCAAAACAUUUGAGGCGAUGUUACAAAACGGAGAUUUAAAUAUUAUGUUCCUUAACACGAACGUCCCUGGUUCUGCUGCAUCCUCAUCGGACCAAGAAAAUAAAAGCGUCGAUAACUUUAAGAACAACUAUCUUGACGAUUAUCCGAAGAAAAACGCUGAGAUCCUUAGCGGGCAGUAUGGCGUUAACUUGCUCCUGGUUGGCAUAUCGCUGAUGUUGGCGCUUUCUAACAGCGAAAGCCAGGUGGAUAAGAAGGAUGUCCUGGCGUUUCUUGUCGCCGUUAUGUUAGUACAACUUUUCUGGAUGCUCUGGUACAUUGUAAAGAAAAAGAAGCACGAGUGUCCUGCUCCGGAAAAGGAUAUCCAUGCUGGGACAAGCUGGUUAAGAGGUGGUCUAACGCUGCUAGCGAUACUUUCGUUGAUUAUGGAUGCAUUUCACAUUGGAUAUUUUAUCGGAUAUGAACAAUGCUUGUCACCGGUGAUUGGAGUUUUCCCGGCGGUUCACGCAGUUCAUACAAUAUCCCAGGUAUACUUCAUAUGGGUUCAUGUUAAGGAUAUAAUCAAGACCUAUGAAAAUUUUGAAAGGUUUGGCGUUAUUCACGCAGUCUUUACAAACUUACUUUUGUGGUGCAAUGGUGUCGUGACAGAGGCAGAUCAUGUUUUGCAAAGUUAUCAAAAAAGACAAGUAGAUCUUGGCAUUGGAAACAUGACAUUAGGUAAUAGAGAACCUUACUGUAAUUGCACCACAAAAGCCUGCACUAUUUUCCUGCACAGUCUGUACUAUCUUUAUCCAUUCAACAUUGAGUACCACAUUUUUGUGUCUGUUAUACUUUUUGUUAUGUGGAAGAACAUUGGCCGCACCAUUGAAUAUCAAAGAAAAAUAAAAGUUGUGAUAAGGAUUGCUGGCCUUAUCGUUGGCCCAGUGAUGGGACUAAUUGCAUUUUCAAGUUCAAUUGGAGUGCUGGUGAUGUAUAUCAUCCAGGUGGGAGACUCAGUUGAAGCUAGAGAGUCUGCACUCAAUAUGUUUUAUUGCUAUGGUAUUAUUAUUUUAUUUUUUAUGUGUACAGCAGGGAGCAUUGGCCUGCUGAUCUACAGAUCUGAUAAUGCACCAAUGGACUAUUCAAAGAUACCUUCAAGAAAACUAGAUUCUGAACUUCUGUUUAUCACGGCUACUGGUUCAUGGCUUAUGUCAUGGUGCAGUAUAAUAUCAGUUAUAUCCACAAGCACUUCUCCAAAGUACAGAUGGACUAGUUUUUUUUAUUCUCUGCUACUUAUUUUUGAAAAGUACAUUCAGAACCUUUUCAUUAUUGAAUCCCUCCAUCGAAAAGCUGAUAAUAAUGAAGAUGAAACAGAUGGACCAAUAACAGAGAUAUUUUCUGUUUCGGGAGGCUUGUCUCUUUCGACAAACAUUUCUUUGGCUCCUUCAUUCUCUGGCAUAAUCAAUGCAGCAUUUGAAAGCCAGGAACGAGAAUGUGCCUCUGUGAACAGUGAUGAAGAAAAUAAAAAACAGGAGCAUAUCCAAAAUAAUAGGCUCUCAGAAGAAUCCAUUUCACUUCCCCAGAAGUCGACACAAAAGCUAAACAAGAAGAGGAAAAUUGUAAAGAACAUUGCAAUAUUUCUGUUUAUGUGCAACAUAUCAUUAUGGAUCCUGGCAGCAUUUGGAUGUCGCCCACAAUAUGAUAAUGGACUGGAAGAAAACACAUUUGGCUUCUCAGCAUGGAGUACAGUAGUUAAUAUUGCAAUGCCAUUAAAUCUGUUCUAUCGCAUGCAUUCAGUUGCUUCACUUUUUGAGGUGUUUGUAAAAGUUUAAAUGGGAAUAGAAACACAAAUUAAAUUAUGUAAGUUAUAUGAUUUUAAUAUAAA